AAGACUCUCUCAGUGAUGGAGGGAGAUUCUGUCACUCUACACACUGAUCUUACUCACAUACAGAGUGUUCAUAUAAUACUGUGGAGGUUUGGACCUCGAGAGACUCUUAUAGCUAGAAUCCAUAGAAAAGCCAAUGAGAUCUCAAUAUAUGAUGAUGUUCAUGAUGGGAUGUUCAGAGACAGACUGAAGCUGAGCAAACUGUCUGGAUCUCUCACCAUCACUAACAUCAUGACUGAACUCUCUGGACUUUAUAAACUCACCAUCAUCAGCACAGCAGAGACCUCGUACACAUUCAGUCUUAAUGUUCACGCUCAUCUGCCUGUUCCCGUCAUCAUCAGAAACUCUUCUCAGUGUUCAUCAUCAUCUUCAUCAUCAGAAUGUGUGUUGUUGUGUUCAGUGAUGAAUGUGACACAUGUGAGUCUCUCCUGGUACAAAGGAAAGAGUUUAUUGUCCAGCAUCAGUGUGUCUGAUCUCAACAUCAGACUCUCUCUACCUCUGGAGGUGGAACAUCAGGACACAAACACAUACAGAUGUGUUUUCAACAAUACCUUCACAAACCACACACAACAUCUCAACAUCACUCAAGUCUGUCACAAGUGUUCAGGUUUAAAGGGACGAACACGCAACAAUCUGAACAACCGACGUUGA